CUCAGCCCCGUGGUGAAACAGAUUCAGAGAAGUGAUGCAGCUGAGCCAGCACGGAGGCAAUGAGAAGGCAGCAGAGGGGAAGGAGGGCUGGAAGGUUGGUGUGAGGUCGCAGUGGGCCGAGCCACAAGCUGAAAACAUUCAGAGACAAGAUGCAGCGACUGUGUGUGUACAUGCUGAUCUUGGCGCUGGCUCUGGCUACCUCCUCUGAAGCUUCUUGGAGGCCCCGCUCCCAGAUGCAGGAGGCACCCUCGGGUCCAGGGGCAAACAGGGGCCUGCAGCCACACUGGCUGGACCGGCUGGGUACGGCCUCUCACCAGCGAAGGCAGCUAGGGUUCCAGGGUCCCCCACAGCUGGUGGCAGACCUGUCCAAGAAGCAGGGACCGUGGGUGGAGGAAGAAGAAGCAGCUUACGGAUGGAUGGACUUCGGCCGCCGCAGUGCUGAGGAAGGGGACCAGCGUCCCUAGAACGGAGCUUCAGAGCCCAGCCAUCUCACAACCCAGCCCAGCCCAGCCCCAUGAAAAACCACUCAAAAUAAACUAGCUUCCAAUGG